AAGAUGUUUGUCAUCUUGAUUUGCAUCUUGACACUCCAAGAUGUGCACACUGCUUGUGUUUUGCAAGAUGUUUGCCCGGAGAACACAAUCGUGCAGGCCGAGAUCGUAAAUGUUCACAAUGCCUUCAGGAGAGCAGUUGAGCCUGCUGCUGCUGACAUGCUGAUGAUGACUUACAGUUUGGAGUUAGCAGCCAGCGCUCAGGCUUGGGUGGAUAAAUGUACUCUCAGUCAUGGACCGGCCAGCACCCGUCUGCUUGAUGGAUAUGAAUUAGGUGAGAAUCUCUUCUCUUCUUCCUCCCCAUCCUCGUGGACCACUGUUGUUACGACCUGGCAUAAUGAGAAGUCACGCUAUCUUUAUCCCAAUGGAUCCACCAAUGGAAAACCCAUCGGUCACUACACACAGGUUGUGUGGAACAGCUCCUACAAAGUGGGCUGUGGACUUGCUCUAUGUCCCAACAAUAUGUACUACUACGGCUGCCAUUAUUUCAGAGCUGGAAACUUUAAGAGAUGGCCUCCCUACAAGGUUGGAACCUCAUGUGCUUCCUGCCCAAACAACUGUGUGGACAAACUCUGCUUCAAUCCAUGUCCUUAUGUAAACACCUUCAUCAACUGUCCCAGACUGAAAGACGUCAAAGGAUGCAACAACCCGCUGGUGUUUGCCAGGUGUCCUGCUUCAUGCAAAUGUACCACUGAGAUUGUUCCAAUAUAUUAGACUGAACAGCAAGAAUACUUAAAAUUCAAUGUGUUCUUUAUCUGUACUGAAUAUAAUGUUGGCAUCUGCAAAAUACAAAACAGACAAUAAUUUAUAGUUGGAAUAUUUUUGGGUGUAGCUUGUCUUAAUUGAAUGGGUCCAUUUCUGUAGGUACAUUAUCUGUAGGUAUAAAAAAAAAGAUAACUCAUUUUAACAUAGAAAUCGUGCAAACGUGGCAUAUAGCACUUCAUUAAGUGAAAGAUUAUGCAACUGUAAAGGCACAUUG